CUCACUAACGCGGUCGCUUUAUGGAUCCAUCAUCUCUUUAACCUUUCUCUCCUCUCUCAGUUUUGAAAAUUUUCAAAUUCAAAACAAACAGCUUCUCUUCUUACUAAGAAAAUAGAUUCUUAGGGUUCAAUGGAUUUGAGUCGUACUAACUCAACCAUUCAUCGGUUACUUCUACUCUCCGUCCUCGUCGCCACGAUUCCCCUGACGGCGUCUCAAUCCGAACCCAAUACAUCCCCUGCGUCACCGUCUCCGCCUCCUGAUUCCGAUCUAUGCAACGGCGUGUUCGUUUCGUACACUCACACCAAGGGAUCUAAGAUCCCACCCACCGACUCAACCAAUCAGCCGUACCGGUUCGAAUCUCUCAUCACUGUGCUCAACAACGGCCACGACGAGCUCAAAUCAUGGCGCGUCUUCGUCAAAUUCGCCCACCGCGAGAUUCUCGUCUCCGCCUCCAACGCCGUGCUCUCCGACGGCUCGAGCCUCCCGGCGAGAGUCGGGAACGGCACCGUAUUCGCCGGUUAUCCGUCGUCGGAUUUGAAGUCGGCUAUUCAGACGGCCGGUGACGUCACCCAGAUGCAAGCGCGUGUCGAGCUCGUCGGGACGCAGUUCGGAGUGGCGCCGCCGAAUGUGCCGCUUCCUACGAAUCUCACUCUCGCUACUGAUGGAUGGAAGUGUCCCAAAGCCACCCAAAAAGGUAAAAAUGUUCUGCAAGUAUGUUGUAUGCCGGAUCCAGACUAUGAAAACUCAGACAUCAUUGAUAAUAAGUUCCUUCCUCGAAAAAAUGGAGAUCUCACUAUCAUGUACGAUGUGAUCGGAUCAUCUGCAUCAGAUUAUCUGGCACAAGUCACCAUGGAGAACCAUAACCCGCUUGGCCGGCUGGAUAACUGGAAACUAAGUUUUGACUGGAUGCGAGAUGAGUUUAUCAACACCAUGAAAGGUGCUUACCCGAGUCUUGUUGAUUCAUCAGGUUGUAUCAAUGGCCCACAAGCCAAGUACUAUCAAGGUCUUGAAUUCUCCAAAGUGUUAAGCUGUGCAAGACGGCCAACCAUCAUUGACCUCCCUCUUACGAAAUAUAAUGAUACUGAGUAUGGCCGUAUCCCAUUUUGCUGUAGAAACGGGACGAUUCUGCCACGGUCUAUGGAUCCUAGCAAGUCGAUCUCAUCUUUCCAGAUGCAGGUGUACAAAAUGCCUCCUGAUCUUAACAUCUCUGCUCUUUCACCUCCUCAGAACUGGCGUAUCAACGGUACACUUAACCCGGACUACAAGUGUGGCCCUCCUGUUCGAGUGAGCCCGAGCCAGUUCAUUGAUCCUAGUGGAUUACCUUCGAACAGAACAGCUUUCGCGAGCUGGCAGGUGGUCUGUAACAUCACCGAGCCAAAAGACGCGACUCCAAAAUGCUGUGUAUCGUUCUCUGCCUACUUCAAUGACUCGAUCAUACCAUGCAAGACUUGCGCUUGUGGGUGUUCAAGCAACAAAGCGGCUCGCACGUGCAGCACAACCACCCCGGCUCUUCUUCUCCCUCAACAAGCUCUCCUGGUUCCAUUCGAGAACCGAACCGAACUUACCGUGACUUGGUCUAUUCUAAAACACCGGCCCGUGCCAAACCCAAUGCCUUGUGGGGAUAACUGUGGAGUUAGCAUCAACUGGCACUUGGCUACUGACUACCGAGGCGGGUGGACAGCUCGGAUCACAGUCUUUAACUGGGGAGAAACAAACUUUGCAGAUUGGUUUACUGCUUUUCAGAUGAAAAACGCUGCACCAGGUUUCGAGAAAGCUUACUCGUUCAACGCAAGUACACUUGGUAUCAACGGGGAGAACAAUACUAUCUUCAUGGAGGGUCUUCCCGGAUUGAACUAUCUCGUAGCAGAAAGAGACGGUGACAAUCCUUUGAAGAACCCUAGGGUUCCUGGGAAACAACAGUCCGUUGUUUCCUUCACCAAGAAACUGACUCCGGGAAUCAAUGUCCGUGGAGGAGAUGGCUUCCCGAGCAAAGUGUUCUUCAACGGUGAGGAGUGUUCUCUCCCAUCUAUACUGCCAACGAGCAACGGCCACCAAUGGAGACAUAUCUCUGCUUUCCUCCUGGCAUUACCGGUUUUGGUUCUCUUGCUUCUCCGGGUGUAGCUGUAUUGAAGCCUCCUGUGAUGGGUUGACGAUACAGUUUCUUGAUUGUUUCCCGGUUUACUUGAAAACCGGCCAGAUCUGUGGUUUUUUUGGAAUAGAGAAUCAAAUCGAUUCUUUUUCAGCUGGUGGUGUGUUGGAAAAGAAGCUAAUAUAUAGUGCUAUGAAGAUAUGUUUACCAUUCUUGUAUUAGAGUUUCAGUAUGUAUACUUAUAUACUCUUUCUCGGUCAUUGAUUUGUUCUGAAUCCUC